GUCGCCAGUCAGUUCAAUCUAGCGGCAAUCACGACACGUGUUUUGUGAUGCAGUUCGAAAUAGAAUACUUGGUGCUUUACCUGCUUGCUGCCAUAGGACUGUACACAACGGUUAUAUUCUCAUAUGAAUGCGGCAAAUCACCUUUAGCCAUUCUGUGGAGUGUCUUUUUCCCGAACGAUGAACCGCUCAACAAGCGGUAUGGACCUUGGGCCGUAAUCACGGGGUCUUCCGAUGGCAUAGGGAAACAAUACGCAUUCAACUUAGCCAGCAAGGGCAUGAAUGUGUUCCUGAUUUCAAGAACGGAAUCCAAGCUCCAGGAUAUUGCAGAGCAAAUACGGUCACAGUACUCCGUUAAAGUCCAAUGGCUGGCAAUCGAUUUUUCGCAGAGUCCAAAAAUUUAUGAAACCAUCAGAAAAUCUCUCACCGGACUUGAGAUUGGAAUUUUAGUGAACAACGUCGGAGUUGCCGAAGAGAAUCCUCUAGCUUUCGACGAAAUCUCGAUCGAAAAUGUACAACAAUCGGUAUCUAUCAACAUAAUGGCUGCCUUGCAGAUGACCCACAUGCUACUGCCGGGGAUGAAGCAACGACGACGCGGAUUAAUCAUCAACAUGUCCUCUAGCGCAGGAAACAUGCCGAUGCCAUACCAUAACCUAUAUGGAGCUUCCAAGGCGUAUCUAAAUAGUUUCACGUUAGCUCUUGAUCAAGAACUUCGUGGCUCGGGAGUCGAAUGCCAACUAGUGAAUCCCAUGUUCGUUCGAACCAAAAUUAAUAAGGUAAUACAUUCCGAUAAAACAUGGUCCGUUAUUUUAACAGACGUCGAGAAAUAUACCGAGCAUGCCGUUGCUACGAUUGGGCGCACGAACUGUACCACUGGAUACUGGGUCCAUGGAUUGCAGACAACUCUGUGCCGGUUACUCCCAAAAUCGGUUCUGGUAGCCCAUUGGAAUUACUCUGCAAAAAUUAUCAGAGCAAAACUUUUUCGGAACUAGUGUAGACCUUAGAAGUCAUUGCUUAAAAAAAAAAAAAAACAGGUAUUAUAGGCGUGUAAUUAUUUUAUAGCUGCAAUUGUCUUCAUGAACUGGACAUUGAACUAAUUGUCUCAUUAUAAACAAGGUGAACACUGCAAGAGGGUACGAUUAAGUUAGGAGUGUGCGGUAAAUCACUACAGCUCGACCGAGAAAGACAAGAGUCAAUAAAAUCGUAUGUCAAUAAUUGCGCUGUGCAGUAUUAGUUGACAAAACACAAAGUUCUUUGAAAAUACUUUACUGCACGUUAUAAACAACAAAAUUGGAAAAAUUAUGGUAUAAUGGGACGCUGAGCCAGAAAAAUUAUAUUUGGGUUUGAUAGUUAUAGAAUAUCAAGUGCACCAUGCUAUAUGUCCAAAGUGUUAUAAA